AUGUUGCGAGUGCUGAUGCUGCUGGUGCGGCCAGUGCUGCCGCCGCCGCCGCCUUUCGGGAGCGCGCGCCCGCUGCGGCGGGGACGCGCGGGGCGGCACCGAGACCGCGCCCCCACCCUGGUCCACGCGCGCAGGGCUGGAGCCCUCACCUCCCUCCGCCCCGCCCACUUUCCACCCCGAUUGGCACCACAGGACCACCCCACCCGCCAGAAGACCACUCCACCCGCCAGGUCCCCACCAGGAGGCAAGGUCAAGGAGCCGAGUGCCCCCACCCCACAAGUAGUCCGGAGUCAGCAGGCCCCGCAGACUUUGCGGUAG